UUAGCAGAUUUACAGACCUAAAUGUUCUCAAACCAUUAUCAACUCAUCCCUUUGACAAUCUCCAAUUGUCACUAAUUUGAAUACAAUAACCCCCAAAAUUGACCUAUUCCAAAUCUUGAAACUAGAAAAAGAAAAAAAGAAAGAGCAAAUUCAGAGAUAUGCCAUUUGACACCCUAAAACCACUCAUUCCUGCAUUUUCUUGAUCAAAACAAUCAAAUCUCAAAAACCCAUCUCUACAUUUCAAAUUUAAUCCAUUUUCUUCAUUUCUAUUUAUUUCAUUUCAAUGAUUCAGAGACCCAUUUUUGAACUUUGGUUACACUAUACAUAGUCUUUUAAUUAGAAAAUAAUCUUUCUUGGUUUUUUUUUUUUUUUUUCUUUUGACAACAGUUGAUGAUGAAAAUGGCAGAAUUAAGUUUUGGAUCGCUAGUGAAAUUUCUUCAAGAGAUGAAUGUUGGUGAUCAAAACCCAAUACAUGAUAAUCAUACACCAGUUUUGUUACAAAUCAGAAGCAUAAUUCCAGUUUUAAGAGAAGGUAAUCUUUGGCCAAAUCAAGGAUUCCUUUUAAGAGUUGCUGAUAUAUCUCAUGCAUUAUAUGUUUCUCUCCCACAAGAACAAGAUGAUAUGAUUCUAUGUGAUAAAUUGCAUAUUGGGCAAUAUUUAUACGUAGAAAAACUGGAAGCUGCAUAUCCUGUUCCAUUGCUUAAAGGCAUUAGACCUCUUCAAGGUAGGCAUCCAUGUCUUGGUGCUCCUAAAGAUCUUAUUCCAUUCCAUAAUUUAGAAAAAUUUCUUGGUGUGUCUAAAUUAGAUUCUACGAAUGAUCAAAUAAAAGUUCCAAUAGAAAAGCCUGUAGGUCAAAUGGGAAGCACAGGUAAUGUAGUAAUUGAAGAAAAUAAUUGUAUGAUCAAAGAAAAACAAAGGGAAAAAUCUUUAUAUUUUAGUGCUUCAGGUAUAAGCUCAAAUGAUGCAAGUUCUGAGGAGGGAACAAUUAGAUCAGGAGUCAUAAGUUUGAUGAAAGAAGAAAGUAAUUAUAUGAUUAAAGAAAAGCAAGACGAAAAGUCUCAAACAUCUUUAAGUUCUUCGAAAGGAAGCUCGAAUGACGAGAAUGGGAAGACUGAAGACCUAAGUUCGACAUUCGAAGAGAUUAAUGAUAAACUAAAGAAGAAGCUAAGCGAAAAGUCUCGUUCUAGCAAUGUUUUUAGAGGAUCAGGAAGCUCGAAUGAGAGGGUAAGUAGAAAAUCCUCGAUUCAUAGGCCUCGAAAGAGCGAUACAGAAAGUGUAUCAAGUGGUUAUAGGACUAAAAGGAGUACUGAUAUCGAAACUCAUUACAAGAUUCCUAGAAAGCAUAAGCCUAGAAAUGUGAAGGAUAGUGAUGUAGAAAGCACAAUCUCAGUUUCUUCUACAUCUCCUAUGUUCAAAAGAAGAAGUUGGGGUGGAAAGGAAGCUACAGGAAUUUCAAAGGAUGUUUCAGACACUACGUUUCUCAAGCCUGAGGCCAAAACAAAUUGUUGCGGUUCUAGUGUUCCUAUUUCGCCGGCUCAUUCGACUAGAAAUGAUAGCUCUGAUGAUAACUCAAUCUCUGUGACAAAGAAAACUCUCACUAGUGUAACUACUAAACCUUCCAAACUUUCCAGCAAGAGUAGUAUCCCUAUGUUAACAAAACUAAGCGAAGAUUCGAAGAACGAAACAGUGUCUUUGAGCUCAAGAAAUGACACAAUUGUGUCAACAGAUACUGAUAUAUCAUGGGAUUUUCUUCCUCCAUCUUUAGUGAAACUUGGCCAGGAGGUCUCAAGGCAAAGAGAAACUUCUUUGCUUGCUUCUGUAGAAGCUUUAUUAGAGGCUUCUGCUGCUGAAAAAUUGCUCAAAUGUCUAAGUGUUUACUCUGAGAUUAUCUCAGGCAAGAAGGAUGAUCAAUAUCCAUCAAUGGACAAAUUUUUCAAUCUUCAAGAUGAUUUGUCGCAAACAAAAUUAAUUUUCCAAUCAUUAACCGAUCCAAUUUCUCCUCAAGAAGCCAUGAAAAUUGCAGUAGAUAGAAAGCAAAAUGCAGCUACAUGGAUCAAAGCAGCAUUAGACUGUGACCUUAACCCAAUUUCUGAUCCUUCAAAAACUACUGGUAUUUCCUUGGCAACUUCUUCAACUACUCCUGAAACAGCAAAUUAUAGCAAUACACCAAAAAGCACAUUACUUCUCAGGAAGCAAACAAGCAAACAUGAAUUGCUACCUGAGAUAGUGAUUAAUAUGGAGAGCCAAAAAAAUUGGGUGAAAGGAAUUGCUUUAGCUGUAUCAUCAGAAAUGGUAAAUUCAUUGAAUUAUGAAUGUAGAAAAUGGUUUUUCAGUUAUGUUGAGGAUUAUUUAGAAUGGGUUUGUAGGAAAACUAGUUCUACAGUAUUUGAUAGCCAACAAGUAGCUGAAAUGAUGCACCAAAUAAAGAAAGUGAGUGAUUGGUUAGAUUUGUGUUUGAAAGACAAAUCCACAUUGGAGGAUUCUGAAUUAGAGGCUUGUAUUAGAGUUAGGAAUAAAAUAUAUGGGAUUCUUUUGAAGCAUGUAGAGAGAACGGCCAUGAGUGCAAUAGUUGAUUCUUGAAAUUUUUUUUUAUCAGCAAAAUUAAUUUUAUUUUAUUUA